AUGUAUCAUAUUGAAUUGACUAUUGAGUAUUGUCCUAUAUUGGUAGAUCGCGAAGAAUCAUUGUAUAAGUUGCCAUCAGUGGAGGAAUCAUUGUAUGUGAAAGGUUGGAGUGUUAAGACUUUGUCACAGGCUCAUUGGGAAAGUUGUUUUGAGAGUGUUAAGGCUAUCGAAUUGCAACUUGCCGAUUUACGAGAAGCUUUGCCUCAAGUUGGAGAAAUAGAUAACGAUGCUGCAAUUGCUGUUGCAAAGGAUGUUCAUCUUGAAAUUGCUAUUCAAGAAAUAAAAAAUUUGAUUAAGUACUUUAAGGAGUAUAGAGAAAAAGGCUUUUCAAAAGCGAUUGAUGAAGCUAGAGAGAUUGCAAGUGAAAUGGAUAUUGAUCUGUUAUUUAUACAAAAACGUAUAAUUAAAAGGAAAAAAAACAGAAAAGAUGAGAGUUCAAGUAGCGAAGAAGUUGCAUUUACAGUUGAAGAGAAUUUCAGAAAGUUGACGAAUAUCAAAGAUGAAGAUCUUAAGUCGUCUUGUUAUCAUCUUGAAGAUGCUCUCAAGUUUGAAGGGAGCUCAGAUAUUGAUGAUGAGGCACUAUAUAUGGAGCUUAAGUUAUUUCAUGCAUCACUAACCAAUAAAUUUAGCAACCCUAUAGAUGUUUUAGAGCACAUGAAAGAAGAGGAUUAUUUCCCAGAAGCAUGCAUUGCAUAUAGAAUAUUGUUAACUAUUCCAGUCACUGUGGCAUCUGCAGAAAGAAGGUUUUCAAAGUUGAAGUUGUUAAAAUCUUACUUACGAUCUACAAUGUCUCAGGAUAGACUUAGUGGGUUGGCGAUGAUAGCUAUCGAGAAUGAAGUCUUAGAUAAUUUAAAUUGUGAAUGA